CACGACUGGAGAUGGUGCAGUGAGGUGAGUCUAACGAAUAGCCUCAAAAUCAUGUUGAUCCUCGCUUGGAAUGAGAGGCAAUCUGAUCGGGCUUUAGUCCUAAUGCUCACUUCCAUUUGUAUAUAUUCAGAUUAAACUACCAGUACGGUAGUACCUGGGCAAUCAAUCGUUAAGCUGAAUUUUAAUAGGCAUAGUAAUCAUUGUUUUCGUUGCAGCCACAAAAUCUCCUACGACUACAAAUCAAAGGCUUGCGUAGAGAUAUACCAAAAAUAUUUGACCAUGCGUGCAAUCCUGCAGUUAGCAGUGUUGUCCUCCAUAGUAAUUGUUGCUCAAGCAAAGAACAUCAGUCAGCCUCAUAUAAUAUUCAUCUUGGCUGAUGAUUUGGUGAGUACUGUGAGGUAACCCUUUGACCCUUAAAAGUGAUAACCCUUUAGCUCCCAGAUCAAAUUUGUAAUUCUCCUAACUGUCAAUCAUAGAAUUCUAGGUUGUAAUCAUUAUGUUAGUUCAGGGAAAUGUAAUAUUGGAUCAAGUUAUUAUCCCCAAACUGAUAUUUUUCUUUAUUCUCAUCACUUAUCUGGUUGAUAUUGUAUUGAUAUUGUAAGGAGAAAUUCUGUCUUGGUCACUCAUGUGAGUUAGAGGGAUAAGCAUCUAAUUUCUCCUUGCAAUAUCACCCCUGAAUCAAACAUUCAGGAAACAAGAAUGAAAGAAAUGAUCACCUAUUGAAGAAGCUCUUGAUUGUUAAACAAAUUCUCUCAGUCAACACCUAAGGAAAUGUAAAGAGAGCAGAAUGGAGAAUAUGCAAACUGAUGGUAGAGUGAAAAGGUCUAAUAAGACCACAUAUUAUUACAGGUUUAUCAUGAUAAUUACUUUUUGUUGAUUUUAAAUAUACAGUUGUUGUACAUUCCUUUUUUGUUUUUCUUUAUUUGCUAUAUUUAAACAUCCCUACUGUAAACUAAACUACCCAUUCAUGCAGAGAACUAUACUUUUUAACCCUGCCACUGCCAAGAUCUGAUUGUUAAUUCUCUCCUGUUUAGCUGCUAAACAUUUUCUUGUGGAUUGCAUAGUUGCAGGAAUUUGAUGUAUGAUUAAGAAUUAACAACCUCUACUUGAUAAGUUUGAAUAUUCUCAUUACCUGUUUGUGGAUAUUUUUGGGAGAAGUUACAUGUUAAUCACCUCUUGGAGUUUAAGAGCUGAAAGAAAUUAUGAAAUAAUGAAGUGAUCUAAUAAGGCUGUUGUGUUCUUUCUUCUUUUUUCCAUUUUUUUAGGGCUGGGAUGAUGUGAGUUUUCAUGGCUCAAAGCAAAUUCCGACUCCUAAUAUUGAUGGUUUGGCAAACAAUGGAGUGAUCUUGAACAACUACUACGUGUCACCAAUUUGCUCUCCAAGUCGCAGUACUAUCAUGACAGGAAAAUAUCCCAUACACACAGGUAAAUAUCUGCUACAACCAGUUAAAUAUCUUGUAUACACCUGUAGGCAAUUAUCAGGUAUAUCUUUUGUAAUUCAAAUUUUUUCCUUGCUCCAGUUUGAGAAUUAAUUUUAUUGAUACAGAUCAUGAAAAAAAAAAAGAAAGAAAGAAAUUUAAUAUCUAACUGAUUUGAAUGAUGACUUAAAGUUUAGUGUUUCACAGAUAUAUUGAACCACCAGAUAUAGGAAACCUUAAAAAAAAUUGUUUAUAUCUACUUUUUUUGGUGAGAUUAUAAAGCAGCAAAAGCAGAUUGAAGUUAUCUUGAAUAAUCAAUUGUAUGGUCUAACUGUGUGUUAACCCUUUAAAUCUGUCUAACUCCUCUUUAACUCCUUUAACCCACAGAGGUGACUAACAUUGAACUCCUCCCUAUAAUAUUCAUACAUUAUCUAGCAAACAGGCAAUGAGAAUACUCUAACCUAUCAGGUCAAAGUUUUCAUCUUUAUGUAACACCAAAUUCUCCUGACUAUAUGACUGUAAUAUAUAGGGAAAUGUGCAGCAGCUAGUAGGGAGAAUUAAACAUCAGAUCAUUGGAAUUAUACAAGGGUUAAAAUAGGAAAUGACUUCAGAUAGGAUACCUCGGGUGAUUUAAGAUUAUAUGAAGCAAAUUUAACAGCAUCUGAAACCUUGGCCCUGGGUAGGGCCUUAUUGAAGAGCUGCUGUCUGGCUUUCAGAAUGAAAUUUUCUGGCAUGUAUAUUCAAAACAAGAAUAUUAAAUUGAAAGACAGAAAAUUGUGCACAAGUGAAUGAGGGUUUUUGUAAGAAAGAUUUUCAGUGAACCAUUAUUGAUUAACUUUUUUUCCAUGAUGACCAUUUUCAGGAAUGCAACACAGUGUUAUCAUGGGUGGAGAGCCUUUUGGGUUAGGUCUGGAGGAAAAAUUGCUACCUCAGUUUCUCAAAGAAUUGGGUUAUGCCACACAUGCUGUGGGAAAGGUACAGAUUUGAAUAAUUCUAAUCUAUCAUAAGAGUAGGCUUUAAGUACAUGUACUUUCUGAUGAGUACUAUGAUACAGCAUGCAAUGCAAAGCUGGGUAAGAUAAGACAAUGAGUGGCCUGGUACUAGUAAUAGAAGCCUUUUAACCCUUUACAUCCUAACAUCAGUAUGCAAACUCUUUAUACUAUGUUCUAUACACUUCUUAAGGUGCUGACAAGGAGAAUUUAUAUAACAAUCAAGAGCUUUUUUGUUUGGUGAUCAUUUCCUCUAUUCUCAUGACCUUUAUGUGUGAUUCAGGGGUGAUAUUGUAGGGAGAAAAUAGAUGUUAGUCACUUGAAAGGGUGAAAGGGUUAAGAAGCCAUUGUAUUCAUAAUAAAACAAUCUUAGGGUUUAAAUGUAUGUUCGUGGACAUGAAUAUCUUCAGGGACCAAGUCCAUGGGUUAGCUCUGAAAAAGGCCCAGCUUUUUACUUUCUCUCUUUAAAAAGACAGAACAUGCAAAAGUUGAAAGAAAGUGGUUUUAAAAACUCCAUUUGCAAGUAUUGUGUUAGAAUUAUUAACGGAUAACAUCAUGUGAUUUCUCACUGUGGGUAGUAAGAUUGGUUUAAUGUUUCAAUCCUAUAUGAUUUUCUGUGUGUGUCAUUAAAUUUGGUUGUUGUUGAUGUGGAAUUGCAAGUAUGCUUUGGAGUAUAUGAAUCAAUUUAUGAAAUAUUUUUGGUUUCAUGAUGUUUUGCUCAAUUUGUCUGUCAGUGGCAUCUGGGAUUCUUCAAGUAUGACUAUACCCCAACGAAAAGAGGAUUUGACUCAUUCUUUGGAUACUGGCUGGGUGCUGGUGACUACUGGGAUCAAUCUGAAGCUGAAAUGUAUGGGUCAUGGGGAUUGGACCUAAGGAACAAUACAGAGGUACAUGUACAUGCACUGAAAUUUCCUUUGUAUUUAAAAUCUCAUACCAAGAGUGAUUCAUGAGAGCCUCUACAAAUUCCAACUGCACAAUAUUUAAUCAUCAUUGUUGUUGUCAUGAUCAUGAUCAUCAUCAUUAUUGGGGGCAGAUUCAGGAUAUUUUGCAAGAGGGGAUGCACCACUAAGAAAUAAGUUUUAAUUGUCCGCUGAAGAAGCAGGGUUAUGACUGGGCAAUAACACGGUGUGAAUUUUUGAGAAUACAUAGCAUAUGAUACAGCAGAUUUUGUAUCGCCAUGAAGCUGCAGGUCAUCUUGCGGGGAAGGGGCAGGGGAGAGGUACAUACCCCUUGCACCCCUCCCCUCAUAGAUCCACCCUUGUAUCAUCAUCUCCAUUUUCAAAGAAGAGGUAUAGGGGCUGUUAGAUUUUUCUCCAACACACUUAAUUCCACAUCAUGUCUUGCCUGCAAUCCAGCUCUUAAACCCCUUCUUGUCUCUUUCCUUCAGAAUGACUUCUUCAUAUUUUUUUAAACAAAAUGAAUAUUUAAGAAUUGCUUUUUGUUAAAUUUUGCAGCCUGUGCAUAACCAGUGGGGAAAUUACCGCACCUAUAUGUUCACAGACCAUGCUGUAAAUUUGAUCAACUCACACAACACCUCCAAACCACUCUUUUUGUACCUGGCGCAUGAAGCAGUUCAUAGUGCAAAUGCACACCAACCACUUCAAGCACCAAAGGAUCUGAUUAACAAGUUUAACGACAGCAUCCAUGAUGAGGAUCGGCGAGUUUUUGCAGCAAUGGCUACAGCACUGGAUCAAUCUGUUGGAAAGGUGAAGUGAGCGAUGCAAGCUUGUAGUCACUGAUAGUUUCAUUUGGUGUAUCAAAAAUAAUCUUGACUAUUUGAUCUUGUUGUUGGUUGACGUACAUGCUGUACGUUGGGAUAAGAUUCAAUCUUGUAGCAAAAGGAAUACCAAUGCAGUGCUCAGACAAAUAAGAACAAAGUUUGGAGUUACAAGAAGCUUCUUAAAACCAUUUAUGUCAAUUAUUUUUCUGCUGGAUUUAAUUCUUAUACAGGGGGUGUACAUACUAUAAAAAAAGUCUGUACUAGAGCUUAUUUUAGUCAUCCAUCGAGCUGGAGCUUAUCAUGUUUUUCCAGAGCAUGAGGUGACUAAAAGUAUCACAACACCCACCCUGGAUGGGAUGCCAGUCCAUCAUAAGGGUACCCCCUGUCAAGCUAUGCUGAGAAUUUGCUGAUAGCCAUUUACACAUCUGGAUUGAGAGAAGCACUGUCAUAGAAAAGUGUUUACCCCAAGAACACAACACAGUGACCCAGCCAGGUCUGACUCCAGACCACUGCACCUACUGUAAAGUCACCACUUCUUCCAAUUUAUACAUACUGAGUCAAUGAAGAUUUUCUCUUCAGUCUGACUCCUGAACUUGUUUUUUGGUUACAUUAGGUGGUUGACACACUCAGAGCAAGAGGAAUGUAUUAUAACUCCAUCAUUGUGUUUAGUACUGACAAUGGUGGACCAGCCAAUGGUGUAAGUCGGAACACAGCUUGUAAUUAUCCGCUGAGAGGAACCAAGUAUACUUUGUGGGAAGGUGAAUAAUGAAUGAUUAUAAAUGAUUAUGAUAAGAUGAUGAUGGAGGAUAUAGAUUGUACUAUUAGCCUCUUAAUACCCUAACAUCAGUAUGCAUAUUCUCCAUACUGUUCUCCAUACAUUUCUAAGGUGCUGACAAGGAGAAUUUGUUUAACAAUCUAGAGCUUCUAUCAUUGGUCAUCAUUUUCUUUUUCUUGUGACCUUAUGUGUGAUGUUGGGGGGAGUAUUGUAAGGAGAAAUUAGAUGCUAGUCACUCUCAGGUGUUAAAGGAUAAACACUCACAAGUUUCUUUGGUUGAUGAUCAACGCUAUCAUUCUCUUGACCUUAAUAUGUGAAUCAGGAGUGAAAUGAAAAGAAAACAGAUGCUAGGUUAAGAUUUAUGUAUUCUAAGUAAUUUGUUAUCCACAGAUAUCUUACAUCCAUUUUCAAUUGAUAGAUUAACUACACAGAACGUUUUGAGUGUAUAUUGUAGAUCUGUAGUGGCAUGAAGGGUUACUCUGUGGUCUCCUUCUAGAAAAGGAGCCAUAAAUAACCUUUGACCCUUAAGAGUGACUUGCAUCUAAUUUCUCCUUGAAAUAUCACCUCAGAAUCAAUCAUUAAGGUCAUGAGAAUUAAGAAAAUGAUCACCAAAUAAAGAAACUUUUGACUGUUCAAGAAAUUCUCCUCACCAGCUUGAAAGGAAGUGUUUAGAGAACAGUGUGGAGAAUGUGUAUACUGAUGUUAGGAUGUAAAGGGCUAAAUAACACCCUAGUCUGCUUAUUGCAUUUUGUACAUCUGAAUUUGAUAUGGAUACAUGGUGAUCGGUGAAUAUGAGGGAAAUUUAGCCAUUGUUGCAACUUAGAAAAUUAAAUUCAUUUUGCCAUUCUGGUGGAUGGUGUUACUGUAUGUGCUUGAAAUUAUCAUAAAAUCAGCGAAUCGUUACGUCAAAGAGUAGUGAAUAUCAUGAUAAUAAUAAAUCUAAGCGUUCUAGUAUCAUCUCUUAAUCCGUCAGGAGGAAUCAGGGGAACCUCUUUUGUCCACAGCCCCCUCUUGGCAUCCACAGGCCGUGUGAGCAUGGACCUAAUGCAUCUGUCAGACUGGCUCCCUACACUCUACGGGCGUGCGGGUGGGGACGUGCAGAAGCUCCUUAACAUAGAUGGGUACGAUAUGUGGCCUUCUUUGUCCAAGGGCGAGAAGUCUCCUCGAAAGGAACUGGUGCAUAACAUUGACCCAGUGACGUGGGCAUCUGCGCUGCGAUAUGAACAAUGGAAACUGUUGGUGAAUGAAAGUGAGAAAUGUGUUUUCGUGAUAUCCUAAACGCAUGCUGUAAAACGGUCUUUUUAGGAGCUCGGAAGACUCAAACUCUCCAUCAUCUUGAGGUUGAAACGGCGUGCCUGGGCUGCAGUUUUUGCGUGAAUUUGUCGCACCAAGGCAGCGUUUCCUGAGUUUGUGUGUCUAUUUUACCCUUUAAACCUUAAGAGUGACUAGCAUCUACUUUUCCCUUACAGAAAUACUUUUGAGUCACUCAUUGACAUGAUAAGAAUACAGGGAAAUGAUCACCGAACUAAGAAACUUUGAUUGUUAAACAAAUUCUCCUUGUCAGUACCAAAAGAAUUGUAUGGAGAAGGGCAUGGAGAAUAUGGAUACCGAAGUUAGGGCGUUAAUUUUAACCUGGAACUCAAUGCCCAGGCAACUCUAACCGUUGUUGCGCGCCACACCUUAGAGCUACGACACUUCACACUUACUGUCUAGUAUUGAAAUGGGACCAAAGUUGUCAGGAGAGGCCUCUCCUAAUUACCGUUUCGUUAUCGCACCAACGUGCUAGGGCUUAGUUUAUUUGCAACGAGGGAUCUACACUCUGCAAGGAUUGUCUAUGUUCUAAGCGUUGUGUUUAGAAAUAGGGUUAGAGAGAUGUAAAAUUUUUAGCUUGGUUGGCAAGUUAUUGUACCGUUUUUGACUGUUACACUUUUAUUGAUUAUUGAUAAUACAAUUUUACUUCUGUCAAGCUGACGGUGGUGGUCGUGACGGAUGGUACCCACCGCCGGGGAUCGAGGAAAACGCACGAUCACCGCGCAAUUUCACCACCUCCCUUCCCUCUCUGAAAAACGCUGUUGUGACGUGCGGACCGCAGCCAGCUGAGCCCACAAAGUGUGGCGUCAAGGACGGGCCAUGCCUCUUCAACAUCCAAGACGAUCCAUGUGAGUACACCAACGUAGCCGAGAAAGAGAAGGACGUGCUGAAAAUGAUGUUGCAAUUGCUGGAGAAGUACAAAGCGACUAUGGUGCCGAUUAGGAAUAAACCCUACGACAAGAACGCGGAUCCCAAAUUCCAUGAUGGCGUGUGGACAGCGUGGUGUGACGAGAAACCAAAUGAGAACUGCGAGGAGUAGUGCCAGGGCACUCAGUGUGGUUGAUCGUCACUUAGCGGGUUGUGGGUGGGGAUUUAAAAGAAUUAAAGCAGAAAUGAUUGUAAUUUGGUUCCUUCGGUAACGCGAUUGCGUCUUUCAAAUUCAUCUUUACCAAAAGCCAUGGGCAAACAUCUCUUAAUGGAAAACAAAGAAUUGCCACGUUGCUGUGCAUCUCAUGAAAGUCUCUCUUCGGGUCCGGGAAGUUAACCCUUGAACUCCCAAGAUCUGAUUGCUAAUUCUCCCCUCUAAUUGCUACACAUUUCCUAGCGAAUUACUUACGAGAAUUUGGCGUUAGAUCAAGAUAACAACUUCUACCUAAUAAGUUUAUGUAUUCACAUUACCUGUUUGCUAGAUAAUGUAUGGAUACUAUAUGGAGAACAGGAGCCCAUUACCCGGAGCCUCCAUACCAAUUGUACCCUUGAGUCAACCCUGUCCCGUAUCUUUUUAUUUUUUUAGAACCGAGAUAUGUGGGGGGUUCUUUAAUUUCCCGCGAAAACACGGUGAUGUUCGCAUAACACCCAAAAAAAAAUGGCGGCCAAAGGCGAAGGCUGACUUCUAUUCCUUCUCUGCAGGAGACGUAAACAGUAGAGGACCACAGCUCUCUUAUGAUUGGCUAUUAUGUAAACACCCGCGAAAAAGCCCGUGGGAGGUGCUUCUAAAAAUAAAAAGAUACGGGAUAGGGUUGACUCAGUUGACUCAGAUGGUAAGUAUGGAAGAUGGAAGCGCCGGGUAAUGGGCUCCUGAUAGAGAAGUUACAUGUGAAUCGCCUCUAGGAGUUUGGAGUUAAAUGCAGCAGCAGUUCAGAUGGAAUGGAAUGGAAUGAUCCCUUUUGGUACUGAGUCGCGAGAUUGAUAAACAAGGGAAUCUAAUUAUUGAGGGUUGGUAAGUCUUACGUGCGGAAAACCAGGAAGAAAUUAAAUCCAAGAAUAACAAUUAAAAAAAUAAUAUAGGGAAGGAUUGAAAAUAACUAAAAAGCUGCCUGUAAAUUAGCAAACGCAGGUAAUUAAAAAAUUUAUGGGGAGAUUUUGAAGGUCUUAUGGUAAAAAUCUCUUAGUUGACUAAUAUAAUGUAAUAAUCAUUUUAGUAUGGCUAAAUUCUUUGGUACCCAAGAUACUUCAGAGCUAACUUCAAAUUGCCACACAUUUAUUCAGUCAAAUUUUACUUUCCAACACUUUGUCUUUAUUGAAU